GAGAGAGGGAGAGUGAGAGGUAGACCAAACGCCGCUGUGAGCCCCUUGCUGCCUUGCAUCGCUCAGUUCCUCAUAGACUGUGGCUCCGAGUUGAAGUUUAGGUGGCACCACGUCGCGAUCCGCCCUGCUGAGUGCCGGUAGCGCCCACAGGAGCCGUUAUAUAGGAUCUUCGACUCAGAGGAUUAAAUCCUUAAUCCUUCUCAGAGAAUGAAAAGAAAAAGAGACUCUAUGUACUUUGAUCGAUAACGCAUAACCUUGAAAGCACAGAAAAACGAAACCAUUGCUGAAAGUUGUUAGUCACCUGUCUUGUCUGUCCGUCAUCAUCAUCCCUUCUCCCCCCUCUACAGCAGAACACAUCCAAGACAAGCGCUGUGAUGAACUACCUCUUCUACAAGUCUUUGCAACGCGUGCAUUCCAUCCGGCAAGGUGCAACUAGAUCUUAAAUGGGAGUGCAAUUACCGAGACACACCUCUGUCUAAUUGAGACAUCCUUUCGUCAUUGAUAACGCUUGGACGACUCAUAUGCUAUUCGCUGAAGUGCUGUGCCCAACCUACAAUUUAUGUAAAAAGUGGAAAAAAAAGCUGAACAGUGAAUAUCAUUUCUUAUAAUCAUUCGGCAACUGCGUCAAUAUAAUCUUUUCCCUUCACUUAUUCAUAUAUAACUAGAGGACUGAAAUAAGUAAAAAAAAAAAAAAAAUUAUAGACCGCGCAUUUAUCUUCAUAUCUGUGAUACACCUCAAGGCUUCUUAUUCGUCAAAUGGCCAGUGAAUACUUAAUUGGCUGAUUGAGCUGAACUCUUCAAAAAAAGUUCUUGAAAGUGAACGAAUCGGCGACGUUCAUCAGUAAGCCGUGACGUCACAGGCAUCCCGCCCUAACCUCUGGAAAGCGUUGAGCUGAUCAGCGCUAUACCUCGCGACGAAAGCAGCUUUCCAAUAAGCUUCUAAAAGCUCCGCUUAAGCUUCAGAUUUCAUCGGCACCAGCUGCAUUUGUGAAUCGGCCGUUAUCUCCCGACACAAGCGAUAAGAAACUGGAAGUCGCCUGGAACCAAAAGGAUAGACCAUCUUAGAGCCUGAGCAAGGUUUGGCGGCCAUGUUGGCGAACACACCAAGAGGCCUCCUGUCGAACGGUUGUGGCACGAAAGCCCCAUGGAGGAGGCUGAUUCUAACUGUGAUAGUGGGCGUGGGCAUGGGCGUGGUGGGCCCGGCUUCUAGCUUCAACCUGGAGCCCAGGACGGCUCAGAUAUUCUCCGACCCGACGCUCGGCGAGUCCUACUGGGGCCGAGAGUCCUAUUUCGGAUUCUCCGUCGCUCUGCAGCGGAAUGGUUUAGAUAACUCUGCCUGGCUGGUUGUAGGAGCACCCAGGGCCAACUCGAGCAUCUACAUCCCAACCAGGAUAACAGAGCCUGGUGCCAUCUACAAGUGUGACCUCAGCAACGACAGAGCACCUUGUGUAGAGCUCAAGAUUGACCAGACGGGCAACACGUACACCGAGAACCAAAACUACGAGUUUAUCUAUCAUGAUCUGAAGAAUGAAGGAUGGCUGGGAGCUGCCCUCGACACUCAGCCCACAUUUGAAGAAGGGCGUCAAGCCACAGGAGUAUGUGCACCACGUUGGAUCAACCAAGCCUACUUUGGUCACGGAACGUACCAGAUAAACGGAGCUUGUUACUGGCUGAACGCGUCUCUUUCAGACGCUCCAGCGCACAAAAAGUUGCCUCUAAUUCAGUAUUCUAAGCAGACAUUCAAUCUCGAUGGACGUCCGCUCUUCUACUAUGCCCAUGGUCAAGCUGGCCUUUCCCUCCACUUCCCAGACGACCAAACAGAAAUGAUCAUUGGAGCUCCCGGUGUUUUCAACUGGCAGGGUUCAGUCAUUCGAUUGAAAGAUGCUGCCUCUCCGGUCCAUGGUGAAAUGGCCUUCCGUCGACGUCGGCAGGUGCCACAUUCCAUACCUUCAGAGGUUCAGAUGUUCUCCAGUCAGAGCAUGCCCAAUCCGUAUUACACUCCGUCUAUCCAGGACUUCGAUCUCAAUGGUUAUGCAGUCACCUCUGGGAGAUUCUUCAAUGCCAAUGAAUUGUUAUAUGCCAGUGGAGCUCCCCGUGGAGCUUAUACUUUUGGAAAGGUUUUUAUUUUUUCAUUUCCGGAGAGAGAGACUCAGUCUUUCAACAUCCGUGCAGAAUGGCAGGGAACUCAGGUUGGAGAGAACUUCGGUGCUGCUCUAGUUGCUAUGGACGUGAAUGGAGAUGGCCUCAGUGAUUUAGUCGUGGGCUCCCCUAUGUUCUCAAGGCCAGACAUUCCAGAUAUGGGAAGAAUACAGGUCUUCAUGAGCACGAAGCUGGGCACCAUGGUACAGACAAGCGGUUACUACGGUUCCAGUUCGCCUUCAGCAAGAUUUGGCACCACCCUCGCUUCUCCUGGGGACAUGAAUUUUGAUGGUUAUGAAGAUGUGGCUGUUGGAGCCCCAUGGGAGAAUAACGGAAAAGGAGCUGUUUACAUUUACAUGGGAUCGGAAAUAGGCUUACGGCAGGUGUACGCCCAGCGUCUCUCUCCAGAGGACUUUCCCACUGUGCCUAAUUUAAGUGGUUUUGGUAUGGGCAUUUCCAGGGGCAUAGAUAUCGACAACAAUGACUACCCAGAUUUAGCAAUCGGGAGCUUCCUGUCCGGGCAUUCACUCGUCUUGAAGUCUCGCACUGUGGCUUCGGUCAGAGGCAAUGUGAUAGCCAGUCCUCAAACACUUUUGCUAGAAGACACUUACCUCACCCUAGAGACAUGUGUCAGUUAUGAUGGACAUCGAGUUCCCGAGAAGAUAGGUAUCAAUGGAAAUGUAACAUUAGAUUAUGGACAUGUAUCUCCAAGAGCUUCAUUCUCAGACACUGGUCUUGCAUUUAGAAAAUUUGAUGUCGUGGGCACCUCAGGAAAGACAAAGUGUCUUCCUUUUACUGUUGAUGUCUCGAGCAACAAAAUUGACCCUCGACGGCCUAUACUGGUGAGACUUGAGUAUGCGAUUGUUGAAACAGCUGACCAGUUAAUGACCCAGCCAAAGACUGAUCCUGGCCAGCCAAAGAUUACAACACUCCCCAUCAGUAUUGUGACUGAGUGUGAGAGCGAUGGAGAUAAAACAUGUGAGGUUGAUAUGUUUGUCGAAGCCUACUUUGUGAGCUACGGGGAGCACGAUAAGCUCACGAUAGGUGGUGACAACAAGCCAGUGUUGGAAAUCGUAGUCAACAACUUAGGGGAGUCAGUUUUCCUCCCAAAUGUGACCAUUGAAGUCCCAGAACCAUUCGCCUUGUACCAGCCUUCUUCACAUAACUGUGAUUUUACCAUUAAGGAUAGCAGGACUGCAUUAGUUUGUCAGUUAACAAACCCUAUUAAGAGAAACAGACAGGAUUGGUUACGGGUUACCAUUGAUGCUAGUCAGGUGACUGAUGCUGCAAGUGAACUGAAGGUUGAUGUGGCAGUAUCAGGGGAGGGAGUAGAAUUGCAACCAUCCGACAAUUCUGUUUUUCCCGGGCUACAGUUGCUAGCCAAUGCUCAGCUCAAGUUGCAUGGGUACUCGAGGGAAGAACAGUUACAUUACAAAAGAAUUGAAGAAGAUAAAAUCAACACAACUCUAUCUUCAUCAACAUUUACCCACCACUAUACGUUGGUGAAAUCUGGACCAACCCCAUUGGGUCAGGUGGAAUUAGUGAUUGACAUACCAGUCAACUUUACAGAAGAAGGGAGAUUCAUCACCUUAUAUGCACCAGAGACAAACUUCCUCGGUCAGCCUUUCCUGUGCAACGUUCAAGGCACAACGCUGGCAGCCUCAGGAGCUGAAACUGGGAAUAAUGGCAAUAUAAUUCCAACAUUUGGCACCGGUGAUAUGUCUAUACCCUUAGAAACAAAAGUUCGCACAACUAUAUUGCGAACUAGAUCCGUCUCCGAAGACGUAAGUGGCGACGAGGCCAAGUUACACGAAGUACAAACAUUCAGGUGCCCCAAUGAACAGAUUUCCUGUGCCAGACUGAGGUGCAUAAUCAACUCGUGGCCAUCAGGAAGUCACAAUGCAGACCUCUCGAUAAAGAUGGACGUGAAUUUCACCAUUUUAGCAAGCCAUAUCUCGGCUAGAGGAGGUGCGAUUGUUGGCAGCUCAGCUACAGCAGCAGUUCUUUCUCUUAAUCCAGAUUUAACCUUUGUUGGGAACAAAGUGACGUCCACCAUUGCGGACACACACUUCCUGCCUGACAGCUUACCUGGUCGAGGAGUGGCCUGGUGGAUCAUUCUGUUGGCUGUUCUGGGAGGCUUACUGCUACUGUGUCUCUUAGCCUAUGCUCUAUAUAAGAUGGGAUUCUUCAAGCGGAAGGAACACGAAGAAAUGAAAGCUCAGAAAGCACACGUAGAGUGCAAUGCUAACUACUGAAACUCUGCAACCAACAGAAAAUCUUGAGAUUCAGUGAAUUCGUACCAAAGUGGUCUUGACAGAAUGUCGAAGACUCAGUUCAAGAAUUGUUACCUCACAUAAAAAAUCUGGUGAAUGUCCCAACCUUGUAGAUCCAGAAGAUUGCUAACUUAAUCAUUCAGUCCAAAACAAAAAAUAAUUCUGUUUUUACUGUAAAUAUAAUAUGCUAUAAUUGUUGUUUUAAUGGAUAUGGUUCUAAAUCGAGCAGACAUUAAGGCAUCAGUGUUCAAAGGUUUGGGGAAGUGAUGUUCUUAUCAGUGACAGAGGUGACAAAGUACAGAGUUUGUAUCUGUACCAUUCUUACAGAACUGUAUGUUAUAGAGGAACAUUUCGAAAACAAGUAGAGCUCUCAUGUGUUUUUGUAAGUUGCUUACAUGAUAUAGAGACUUAUCGAACGAAUAUGGUUUGAACGCGCAGCUUAUAACUUAUCUGUUUCACUUUUUUUAAACAAUGUUAUUCUGUUGCUAACAUAAAAAAUACUGAAGUAAUAAAGCAUACUUUUGAGCUUCUAUUUGUAAAAUUUAAAUGAACUUAAACUGUUAAAAGUUUACAGCUAUGGUAAUACUGUAGAAUAGGCUAUGAUGUUUAUGAAAUCUUUUCAAACAACGAAGUUUGAUGUCUGUACGAGAGAUAACCUCUCGUCUCUGUGAUUACAUGAUCUCUAACACUAUUAUCUUUCAUAAGUCCUCGAUCCUUAUGAACCUCUGCUAAGGGAAAAGUGUGUUUACAUUUUUGUAGUUUCUGGAAAUUGUACAUUGAUAAAGCUGUAUGUCUCCCUUUUUUAUGAAUGCACUGAAGAUUCUGAAGCAUGUUUGCUCUUAUUUUCAAAACCAGUAUUAUGUCUUCACUUUUGUAAUAACCAAAGAUUCCGACCACAGUUCAUGUGUUUCAGCACUUGAUGUCAGCACACUAAUGCUCUAGGGAGCAUCAUACCUCAACUUCAUUUAACGACAUCCUUCGGCGAGUAUUUCACCUACUAUGGUGGUCCUUUUUUUCCCCUAAGCUUUGUAUCAGCUGUCAUUGUAAAUGAUAAUCUUGUAAAAAGAAUGGUAGGCAUCUUUUGUUUAGGUUUAUGUCAUGGCUGUGUUACAAUUGCAAUCUCAGCAUUUCUUGGUCAGCACCUAAUUGUCAAAGAGAUCACUAGAGCAGCCCCUCAUUUUUGUAAGAGUAUUCAAACAGAACCUAAUAGCUGAGGAAGUGAAAACCAAAGCAGUUUCAAAAAUAGGUGCUAAACCAUACGUAAUUAAUGAAUCCUUAGACCCAAAAGGAGAUAAGGAAUGGAAAAAAAAAGAUAAAGCCACACUUUAGUUGUUCACGUUGUUGUAGCACCGAUGUUCCUCAGGAGAUAAGUGAUAUGAAAGUCUUAGUUCUAGGGUUCUGUGGAACUAACUAUGCAAGUUUGGGAGAGGCAUACGACUCUGGCUGCUUCCAGGUGCCAAUGGGGAGUUCCUCCCAUUAUUGUUGUCUAUCUUCAUCUGUUAUGUCCAAUUUUUUUAUUUUCUGCGUUGAUAGUAGGGCUGAACUGCAUUUAGCAAGUAUCAAAAAUCAAUACAGAUCAUUAUAAACUAUAACAAAAAUAGAAUGACGUGAACAACUGAAGUGAAGCUUUACAGAAACAUUAUGCUGUAGACAUGACUCUACACUGCUUGUAAAUGUAAGGUAUUUUGCAUGUGUUGCUUUUAUGCGGCUGCAUAAUGACGUGUUGCUGGUGUGUGUUUCAGGUUUUUUAAGUUGUGCAUUACGAGAUAUACAGUCACGUGCGGAUAGAUUAGUUUGAGCUCACAGUUACAAGUAAGGAGAGAACUUCUUGACAGUUAUAUACCGUUAUUGAAACGAAAAUUUAUACAUUAUUA